AUGCCUCCUGUUAAUGAUCCCAAGUCUCACGGCCAAAACGGCCAAUUCUGCGAGCCUGACGUAGCCGAAGAACUGCGUCAGCUCCGCUGGGACAUCCUGGCCCUCGCCGAUGGCUUCGGCUUGACUGACCGUCCCGCCAAGUUUAUUCCGCCUGCCCCCGACAACAAAGGCGUCCAGUGGGUCUUUCCCUCCGGUCCUAGUCGCCGCCAGAAGGAGCUUGCCGAGUUUCUCACGAAGAAGUUCUAG